AUGUUAUACAUUGUUCCAGUGGGAAUCUUAGAUCAGACCAGCUGUCCUUAUACUCCACAGCAAAAUGGAGUGGUGGAAAGGAAGCACAGGCACAUAUUAAAUAUUGCUAGAGCUCUUAAAUUUCAAUCACAUUUGCCCAUCAAGUACUGCGGAUUAUGUGUAAAAGUUGCAGUAUAUAUCAUGAAUAGGUUACCAACCUCAGUCCUGAGUGAUUCUUUCCCUUUUGAUCCAUCACAAGCAGGAUCCCAAUGUGCAGAUACUUCCAAAACUAAUGAAAACAUCAAUGACUUCCUGGUCUCCAUAUAUGAUGAAGUUGGUGUUGAUGUCCCUUUAGAGGAUAUUCAUGUUGAGGAUGCAAAUACUCAUGCAGAUUGCCAAGAUUCCUCUAAUGAUGCAGUACCUGGUGCAACUUCACCUGGCAUCACUCAUGAAGAAACAUGUCAAGAUAACCGUUUCGUGUUUCAACCCACUUCAAGUAGACCAACGAGAACAAGCAGACCUCCUGUGUGGAUGCAUAAUUAUGUUGAUACUUCAAAAUCCCAGAGAUGCAAGUACCCCUUAGCCAACAGCCUAUCUUACAGUAAAUUGAAACCAGCAUAUCAGUGUUACUUGUCAUAG